AUGUCCGCACCCCCAACGCCCGCGACGCUCCCGGAGGAGCCGGAGAACCCACCCGGCGUGCACUCCGUCUGGAUCAUCAACAAGUCCGGCGGUCUCGUCUUCCGCGACGUGUACGCGGACAUCGCGCCGAUAGACACGAACGAGACGCUGCGCCUCGCGUCGAUGUGGCACAGCAUGCACGCGAUCGCCGCGCAGCUCGGCCCGGAGCUCCGCGGCGAGCUCCCGAGCGAGACGGACGGCUUCCACCUCCACUGCGCGCAGACGCCGACGGGGACGAAGCUGAUGCUGACGUGCGCGCCGGGGACGUUCGCGGACCACGACGCCGGGCAGGCGGUGUUGAGGACGGUGCGCGACCUGUACGCGGACUACGUGAUGAAGAACCCGUUCUACGAGGCGGAGAUGCCGAUUCGAUGCGAGCUGUUCGAGAAGCGCUUGCGCGACGCGAUCGACGCGGUGAACGGGGCGGCGUGA